AACCCGCCUCACGCUCCACGGAGGCAUCGAGGAUCGUCUACUCCGAAGUGACAGUGCCCCGGCGGCUGGAGGCCAAGGAUGGCACCUUCCCAAAGGUCACUGGCUUUUCCAACCAUGGCUCUAGAGCAGGGACUCCACAGGGGCUGCGGGGGCGCAGGUCCUAUCUGAUAACAGCAGAAGGAAACCACCACGUUGUCCAUCUGACACAGGCAAAGAAUUUGAUAGCCAGGGACAUCCCAGUGUUCAAGUACAGUGAGGAGGGAGACCUGAUCACUGAGUUUCCAUAUAUUCAGGACAACUGCUACUACGAGGGGAUUGUGGAAGGCUUCCCGGGAUCCAUCGUCUCCCUCAGCACGUGCUUUGGGAUGAGUGGAGUUCUGCAAAUGGGAGACCUGAGGUACGAGAUCGAGCCCCUGAAGAACUCCACAACAUUCCAACACCUCGUUUUCCGACGGGCGCUGGAAGGCAGCUCCCGUCGCCUGUGCCAAGUGUCUGAAGAGCACAAGGAUCAUCUGCACACGGAGGGAGAACUCGCAAACGGGAGUCGUAAAAUCCACACUAUUGAAGAGGUUGGUGGUCUCAAGCCGGUGUCUGUGCCCGCAAGAUACUUGGAGCUGGCUCUGAUCACUAACAAAGAGCUGUUUAAAGUUAAGAAGAAGAAUGAAACCCUGAUGCUCCACAUGUUUGUUUCCAUAAGCAACAUCCUGAACACGGUUUACAAGCGCAUGAGGCUGCGCAUCAUCAUCAGUGCCGUGGAGAUGUGGAUCGGGUCGGACCAAGUGGCCACGACCCGCAGCCUGGCCCGGACUCUCAGGUCCUUCUCCACGUGGUCUCAGAAGGAAGCUGCUGGUCGCAUUAAUUACGACAACCUCCAGUUCCUGCUGUAA